AUCCACUUCCAUGUUCUUUUUCUAAUAUACGAUUACAUAUAUUUUUUGGUUUGGAAUAUGCCAUGGUUACUGUUGUUAGUUAAAUUAAAAUUUUUUUAUACUUCUUUCUUUGUUUCUCUCUCCUGCCCAAGCUGCCCUUUCAUCUGUUUCAAAUUGCCCAAUUGCUCUUUGUCGAGCACUUUCCUUGUUUCUCAAGCAGCCCUUCUUUGUCUUACUCUCUCUUUCUCUCUCAAAAACACCCUUUUGACUAAAUUUCAUAAACUGGGUCUUAGCGAUGAACAUAAUAUAUAUAUAUAUUUUGAUGUAUUUGAUUGCUUAAAAUCACCUGUUUAGAGAUGUUUUAAGGUGGGUUUUUCUGUUUUAUGAUUUAAAGUUUUCUGGUUUGUAGCAAAAAAAAGUUUUUUUUGGAGGAAUUUUGAUGGUUUUAGAUCAGUUUUAGAAAGAUGGGUUUUGGUCAUCAGUCUGAUAAAGUUGUGGAGAAAAAAUCAUUAGGGAAGAAGAAAGAUGAAGGAGAAGAAGAAACAGGAUGUUGGGUUAAAUUAAGGUUUAUGGGAAGUUGCAUGUCUUCAAGAUCAAGAGUUGAUAACUCUCUGAGUGGAAGAACAGGUACUCAUUAUGCGGAAAGCAAACCUAUGAAAGAGGAAAGCAGAGAUCAACCAAUUGUUCCAGUGUCUUCUGCAACCACUAGUAAUGCAGGAAGUGCUUCAUCCACACCAAAAUUCAGUGAGGAACUGAAAGUCGCUUCACAGCUUCGGAAGUUCACAUUUAUUGACCUUAAAUCAGCGACCCGAAAUUUCAGACCUGAGAGUCUUCUUGGUGAGGGUGGGUUUGGUUGCGUCUUCAAAGGUUGGAUUGAGGAGAACGGAACUGCUCCUGUAAAACCUGGUACUGGGCUUACUGUUGCUGUCAAAACCCUAAACAUUGAUGGACUUCAGGGUCAUAAAGAAUGGCUGGCUGAAAUGGAUUUUCUUGGUAACCUCCUCCAUCCCAAUUUGGUUAAAUUGGUUGGUUACUGCAUUGAAGAUGAUCACAGAUUGCUGGUAUAUGAGUUUAUGCCACGAGGAAGUUUGGAGAACCACCUCUUCAGAAAAGGGUCCUUGCCACUUCCUUGGUCUAUUAGAAUGAAAAUUGCACUUGGUGCUGCAAAGGGUCUUGCCUUUCUUCAUGAAGAAGCAGAAAGACCUGUGAUAUAUCGUGAUUUUAAAACAUCUAAUAUCCUGUUAGAUGCGGAUUACAAUGCCAAGCUCUCCGAUUUUGGACUGGCGAAAGAUGGUCCUGAAGGAGAUAAAACUCAUGUAUCUACUCGAGUUAUGGGAACAUAUGGCUAUGCUGCACCAGAAUAUGUAAUGACUGGACAUUUGACAUCGAAGAGUGAUGUGUAUAGCUUUGGAGUAGUUUUACUUGAGAUGUUGACUGGCCGGAGAUCCAUGGACAAAAACCGACCAAAUGGGGAGCACAAUCUUGUGGAAUGGGCAAGACCGCAUCUAGGAGACAAGAGAAGGUUCUUUCGAAUUUUAGAUCCUCGACUUGAAGGGCACUUUUCUAUCAAAGGUGCUCAGAAGGCUACCCAGCUAGCUGCCCAAUGUCUCAGCCGUGAUCCCAAAGCCAGACCUCGGAUGAGUGAAGUUGUUGAAACCCUAAAGCCCCUUCCAAACCUUAAAGAUAUGGCCAGCUCUUCCUAUUACUUCCAAACUAUGCAAUCUGAUCGUUCUAGGUCCUCCAACUUAAAUGCCAAAAAUGGCAUCAGAACACAGGCAGGAUUCGUAGUGAGGAAUGGACAACCUAUGAGGAGCUUAUCCAGUCCAAACGGUCCUCAGGCAUCUCCAUAUCACAAUCUUCAUCCAUCACCAAAGCCUAAAGCAAAAGAAUCAUAGGUUUAAGUUUCUGUAUAUUCAUAUUUAGAAUUUGGUAAAUGUGCAGUGUCCGCAUCUUCAGACUGCAUAAUCAACAGAGUAUAGGGGGUGCCUCUGCCAUUUCUUUGACAAGGAUUGUUUUAUAUUCCACUGUUUCAUUGUACCAGUAGAACUGAACAAGCCAUACUAGAUGUGCAAUAUCCUGAUCAGUUCAUUGAGCUCAGGCAAGCCUGUCUCAUUUAUUUCUCUCUUUUUCAUUACUAUCCCAUUCCUAUACCCUUCUACGGGAUAUUCAGGUUACAUAAGAGAAUAGAGACUGAAAGUUACUAUGGUAAUGGAUUAUAUACAUGUCAGCAAGCUGAUGAAGACGAGGAUCCGAAAGCAGUUGAUAGGCUCAAUCGUCUUGUAUCAAGUCUUUCACCUCACCAUUACCCACUUAAUUUUUCUUUUUACCCUCUUUUUAUUGUUAGCUGUUGUACAAAUGGACCUCUUUUUUAAAGUAUUUAAUACAAGAAAACUAGUGUAAGAAAAAAAACAUAGG